AUGUCUUCAAACAAGACCACUUCUAUUAUUAAUGGAAGGAAUGUUAAUACUUCCUCUAAAAAAACAAGCACUACUAGCUCUUCUGAUAGAAAUGCUGGAACGAGUAAUAACACUAAUAGUCAAACUUCUCAAACUUCUCAAACAUACUCUUCUCGAUAUUUAUCUUAUUAUGACUCUGCUAAUUUUGCAAAUACUACAAGAGAUGAUAGCUAUGCCUCUUUUCUUUUUCUUGGUGAGGAAUUUCCCCCAGUCAAACCACUUCAAGACCAACUAAUCAACGAUAUGAUUUCUAAACUCCAAAAAAAUGAAUAA